UUUAAGAACUAAAGGAUGUUUAAUAUUAUAAAUCAGGUGAUGCUUUGGGAUGCGUCUGCGAGUUAAAGACCGUGAAUCAGAGGGGGUGUACUAUCUUAUAGGAGGCACUUUUUCACGCUACAUCGGUUUUGGACAGCUACUAUAGUUAAUAGCAAUAUUGAACGUAUUUGAUACCUGUACAAAGUUAUAAACUAAUAUAUUAUAACACCGAAAAUGGUAGCUCGGAUUUAUGGGCGUGUAUCGAAGAAGGAGGAAGUAAAGUCAAAAAUGUUUUGUGUGGGCAUGCGUACUUCGCAGCUCAUAGCUGAGAAUUUCAUAACACCUCUACGUCGGCGCGGAAAAGAGCAGAAACGAAACAGCGCAGCGCAUAACAAAAUGUGAAACGAAACUCAGAUUGAGGAUUUUUUUUUAGAUCAAGUGGGACAGAGACGUACAGCGGCGCUGUUGUGCCUAAUUUCGAGUGGGUGGCGAUUUCUUUUCGCGAUUCAGCGAACACAGUAAAACAACAAGAUAAUCGAGCGUUUUUUCAUUAUUUAUUGGCGACACACAGUCAUUUGCUGGGGGAGUUCUGUAGAUGCUGGAGUGAUUCUUGGUGAACAGUGGAGUAAAAGUGAAAAGACGUCAGGAAAAUAAAAAGAAGGAAAGUCAAAAAGGAGGAAGGAACCUCAGAGAUGUCCUCCGAGAAGAGCGUGCCAGGUGAGGGGGCUCGAGAGGCUGAACUCCAGGUAGAAAUGAAGAAAAUGCAGGUUAGCCAAAUCACUCACUUUCCUGAGAACAGCAGAGAAGUGCCCAGCUCAGAGAGAGAACUGGACGCUACACCCAUCAUCCCAAAUCCUCAAGACCAGGAUAGCCCUGAGGGUCCAGCAGACACGUCACCUAUCACCUCUACUGCUCCUGGACCAAAUAUCCCUGAGAUUGCUGAAGACACUACACCUGCCACCACUACACAAGAUCACAAUACCCCUGAGAUUGCUGAAGACACUGCACCUGCCACCACUGCUCAAGAUCACAAUACCCCUGAGAUUGCUGAAGACACUGCACCUGCCAUCUGCACUGCUCAAGAUCACAAUACCCCUGAGAUUGCAGAAGACACUACACCUGCCACCUGCACUGCUGAAGGUCACAGUAUCCCUGAGUUUGCAGAAGAUGAGUCAUCUGUCACCUCCAGUGCACCAGCAGACAAUAUCCCUGAGAUUACAGGAGGCACUACACCUGUCAUGGGUCCAUCAGAUACAUCAUCUGUCAUCUCCACUGCUCAAGGUCAAGGCAUCCCUGAAUUUGAUGAAGAUGAGCCACCAGAUACAUCAUCUGUCAUCACCACUCCUCCAGAAUCUACAGUCCCUAAGGAUCCAGCAAACAGUCCAUCCACUACCCCAGCGUCUGUGUCCCCUCCUGGAGAGAUAAAGAUAGACUCAGUGGAAAUCGAUUCUGUCUCUCUGAGCUGGAGCAGUCCUGACAAUAUGGAUGGGAUCCCACACAGCUUUUACAUUACCUACUCUAGCUCUGAUAAGAGUCACCAAGACUCCAUCACUGCACCCUCCAAUUCCACUGUCAUCUCUGAGCUGAGACCUGGGAAAGAGUACAGCUUCACAGUCACCACAGUGCUGAAGAAUGGGACCCAGAGCACGCCUGUUUCAACAGCUGUCUGUACAAAACCGUCUCCUCCUGGAGAGAUAAAGAUAGACUCAGUGGGAAGCAACUCUGUCUCUCUGAGCUGGGGCAGUCCUGACAAUAUGGAUGGGAUCCCACACAGCUUUCACAUUACCUACUCUAGCUCUGAUAAGAGUGACCAAGACUCCAUCACUGCAGUUUUCAAUUCCACUGUCAUCUCUGAGCUGAGACCUGGGAGAGAGUACAGCUUCACAGUCACCACAGUGCUAGAGAAUGGGACCCAGAGCACGCCUGUUUCAACAUCUGUCUGCACAAAAACACAUCUCGAAGAUUUGCUGUGCAGGCUGGGACUGGAGAAAUGCUUCCCAGGCAAGAUUACGUUGAGUACUGUCCUUGAGAUCGGUACAGAGAGUAUUACAGAUGAACCGAUUCAGUCACUGAAAAAACUCCCCUGGUGCUUUCUGAAAAGUCUCAUGAUGGUAAAUGUGACAGCUCGGAGUACCAAGUGCAGUGCUGCUGAGACAGAUACAGACUCGGCAUUGCAAGACCUUGAUAGUGUUCUUGAACUUAUAGCUAGUAAUGAUGAUCAAGACACAAAUAUAAUCAAUCCACUUGAUCUCUUGGCAGCAGUCUUUCUCUGCUCAGAUAGCUUCCUGCAGCAGGAAAUGAUGUCGAAAAUGUCGAUGUGCCAGUUUGCUGUACCUCUCUUGCUCCCUGACUGCAGCACCAGUCAGUGUACAUUAAUGCUGUGGGCCAUGCGAGAUAUUGUGAAGAAGUUUAGACCCCGUUCAUUAAUUGACUCAAAAGGGUUUGUAGAAGACAGUAUAGUCAGCACUGCCAUGCCAAUGAUCUCUUUUGUCAGGCUGGGUGACUGCAGUUUAUCAAAGUCUCAGAUUCUGAAUCAGGUUCUCAGUAACCCCCAGCAGUACCAUGAUUUCUUUAUCCAUCGUGAUAUGGAAUGUGGUGACGUUCCACGGAGAAUUGCAAAUGGUCUAGUGGAAAUAGGCUGGUACCUGCCUUGUGGAAAGAAAAACUUGGACAUCUUUCCAGAACCUGUAGCUGUUGCCAACCUUCGUGGAGAUCUCCUUUCCUUUCAGAAACAGUUUUCCAUUUUAUGUCAAACAUCCUCGGCAGUCUUCAUAUUUUUUGACAGUAUUGCGGACAGCGAGUGCAAGCUCUUGUCCUCUGCAGGAGAUAUUAAAGCCCAAUUGUAUUUGGUUGGAAAUUUUCCAAAUAAGACAGAGAAAAACAUACAUUCUCUGAGAGACUUGGGAUCAAAAUUACAAUUAAGUGGAAGUCAGAUCCUAUUUAAGAAACAGCAGACCAAUGAUGCAGAGUUUGUGGCAAAACUGCGCUCAACUAUGAAUGACAUCAUGGAAAACUGUCAACACAAAAUGACCAUUGAAGGCAUGUCUGCUGAAGCACAUGAAUUGGGGAUUCCUGUAGAUGAAGACUGCACUAAAUGUCAGAACGCUAAGACAAGUGCUGCAGAAAUCACAUCUAGAAUCAACGAUGUGGUGCGAUAUAAAGAGGAUCAGUUGCCAUUGCAAGGGAAGCUUUGGAAGGAGCUGGCUAAAAUAGAAAAGGAGGAGUGCAGACUACGGAAGGCAGGAAGCAAGCCUAUUGAAGAAUAUAAAUCCAAUCUGCGAAGUGAAAAACAGAAACUGAGAAAACAGCAAAUCCGUUAUAAUAUAUCUGAAGCAAUGCAGUGUUUCAUCGCUGCCCUAUCCAAUGAAAGCAAAGAAGAACGAUCCUAUUUUCUAAAGUGGAUGAGGAUGAACUUGGAUGUUACGGCACGAAAGAAACUUUCUGGUCUUCGUGAUGAAUACAAAGACAAGUGUUGCAAGUUCUCAGAGAACAAAGAGAUAAUUGCAGUCUUGGAUAGACAAAUAUCAGACAGCUCUUUAGGAAUGGAACAUUUCAUGCGUGAGAUGGGACAGCUUUAUGAAGCAGCGUGCUCCCUUCCUGACAAUGCUGAAUCUCGCCAGCAGUUUAAACAUCUUCCCAGUUUGGGGGCAGAUCUGCUGUUGGAUGGCUUCCCUCUUGAGCUGGUGGAUGGAGAUGCAUCAAAUAUCCCUGUAAGGUGGGUGACUGAUGUUCUAACUGAGCUCCACAGGAAAGUCCAACACAAGAGCAGGCUGCUGGUUGUAACAGUGCUGGGAGUCCAAAGCACUGGGAAGUCUACCCUCCUCAACACAAUGUUUGGGGUUCAGUUUGCAGUUAGCAGUGGCAGAUGCACAAGAGGAGCCUUCAUGCUGUUAAUCAGAGUCAAAGAGGAUCUUAAAGAAGAGCUGAACUGUGAUUUUAUCUUGGUAAUCGACACUGAAGGUCUCAAAUCUCCAGAACUGGCACAACUAGAAGACAGCUACGAACAUGACAAUGAGCUUGCAACACUGGUUGUAGGUUUGAGUGACGUCACCAUAAUAAACAUUGCAAUGGAGAACUCCACAGAGAUGAAGGAUAUCCUGCAGAUCGUGGUGCACGCCUUUCUUAGAAUGAAGGAAGUGGGGAAGAAACCAAACUGUCAGUUUGUGCACCAGAAUGUGGGGGACGUGUCUGCUCAUGACAACAAUGCAAGGGACAGGAAUAAGCUUCUAGAACAGCUGAAUGAGAUGACACAGGCAGCUGCCAGGAUGGAAAAGAAAGGACACAACACAAAAUUCACUGACAUAAUGGAGUAUGAUGCAAAGAAAAAUAACUGGUACAUCCCAGGCCUGUGGCAUGGUAACCCUCCAAUGGCUCCAGUGAACACCGGCUACAGUGAGACUGUGUAUCAGUUCAAGAAGAGCUUGAUUGAAGUUUUGAAAAACGCCAACAAGCAAAAACCUCCUGCACCAGUUACAGAGUUCCUGGAGUGGGUGGGGAGUUUGUGGAAAGCUGUUAAAUAUGAACAUUUCAUCUUCAGCUUCAGAAAUAGCCUGGUGGCUGAGGCUUACAGUAAUCUGUGUGUCGAAUAUAAUAAAUGGGAAUGGGACUUCCGGAAGCACAUGUACAACUGGCUGGCGAACGCAGAGACAAGGAUUUCUAACCUUGACACCUCAAACUAUGAAGACUUCUCCAGCGGUUUAAAAGCCGAGGCAUCUGCCGAAUUGGCAAAGGAAGAAAAUCAAAUGCUGCAGAAUCUGACAGAUUAUUAUCAGAAAAAUAACGGCCACGUUAAUCUUGUGGAAAAGCACAGAGAAGACUUUGUGAGCUGCAUUAAAAGUCUUCGGAGAGAAAUCGAACGCUCCGUCAACAACAAAUGCGAGAACGCCAUUGCUAUACACAAAGGGAUGAAGAAAAUGUACGAUAAUCGAGAAGAAUACACAGCAGUAAUUGAAGGGAAAGUACAGAGCUUACUAGAAACAUGUAGGGAGAGAAACAGUCCUUUAACUGAUGAGGAGCUGCAGAAAGACUUCGAGGAAAUGUGGAAUCAGACAGUCUCUGAACUGAAGUUUCAAGCUUUAGAGACACGAGCUGUUGCAUCAGACAUACUGAAUCAAUUGAGAGCGAAUUUAGAAAGGCACGGCAGUCAGGUUCAGAAGGAAUUAAGUGAGGUGGAAGAUUUGACUGACUGUGGGAAAGAACACUUCAUUGCGCAUGCGCAGCACUUUGAAAGCUCAGACUACCAGAAAAUGAAUGAGAAGCCGGCUAAAACGAAAACAUUUUUUUCAAAUCGGUUCAUGAAUCUGUUCAAAAGACAACCUGAAGAGCCUUUAGCCAAAGAAUUGGAAAACAGAGCAACUGAGAAGGCACAUGAAAUCAUUCAAAAGUGCAGGCAGUUUGUUUUAAGUAAAGCACGGAGUAAAUCUGAUUACCAUGAUAUAUGUACCAUGGAGUUACUGCAAAUGAUAGAUAAAGAGUUGAAAAAUGAAGAGACAGUGAAGACCAAUGCCCAGUUUGAACUCUAUCUAAAGCUCCACAUCUGUGGCUACGCUGCCAGGAAGUUUCAGAAGAUGCAUGAGGACUUCAAUGAAAAAAAUGACCCCAAGAAAGCUCUGGAAAAAUUUAGACCUCAGUACUGUUCAAACUUCAUAGAUCUUUACCAUGAGAAGGAUCAGUGCCGAAAAACGGCUGAAGAAUUCACUGAGCGCUGCCUCAAGCCUGCAGUGAGGGUGUAUAUCAACAAAGCCCUUGGGAUAGACAUUGUAGAUGAAAUGUUGACCGGUGCACACUCUGUGAAAUACAGCUCCCGGUCGUUUUUCCAGUUCUCCAUUUUAAAGCAGAUUCUGGAAGAAGAUAAUUUUGGAAUCUAUGUGGAGUACAUUAAAAACUACGAAACUUUCGUAAAGGGCUGGAUAUCGGAUCAGAUUGUCCAGUAUUUUACAAGAGAUGCUAAGAUUGGGGAUUUAGAAACGAAACUUCUCGAAACAAUAACAAAAAAGAUUCAAGCGGCUAUUGAAAAUGCCCAGAAGGAAACGGCAGAGAGCCAAAGCACAACAAAGUUUAUUCAGAUGAUCAGCAGGAAUCUGAAUAAGGACCUCGUGAUCAGCAGGGAGGAGUUAGGAGCAGUGCUGUUUCUAAAGAAUUCAAACCAUAAGGAGUUUGCUAAAUAUCUCCAGGGUCUUGUGAAUGAACUGACAGGUACUCUAAGGGCUGAAUUUUCUCAACAAUGCGACGCUGAGAAGAAACUUGUCAAUCUACCCUUCAAGCCGCAGGACGAGCUCUUCAAGAGGGUGUUUGGCUGUGGAAAGCAGUGUCCGUUCUGUAAGGUCCCCUGUGAGGCAGGAGGCAAGGACCACAAACAACACCACGCAUCCGUGCAUCGACCACAAGGGCUGGGUAUGUACAGAUGGUCAGACUCUAAAAAACUCCAUGUAAAUAUAUGCUCAACUGAUGUACACAGUGAUCAGAAAUUUCAGAGUCCUGAAACAGAGUGGAAGGCUCAUCCCUAUAAAGACUAUCGGAGAUUCUACCCUGACUGGAACAUUGCCCCCGAUGCCAGUAUUGAAGCCUCUGACUACUGGAAGUACGUCCUGACUGCAUUUAAUAAACAAUUUGCAGAGGAGUAUAAGGCACAGCCUGCUGACAUCCCAGCAGAAUGGAAAACCAUAACAAAAAGAAACGCAAUGAAGUGUCUGAAUAAGUUGUUCAAUGUUAAAACAUCAGCUGCCCAACCUGCAGGUAAAUACAAAGCUAAUAUCACUGGAUUUUAAUGAGCUUUUCUUUUUAAAGGGGGUACAAAGAUGCCGCCUAACCUUUUCUGACAGAAAUACAUUUUAAUGUAAGAUAAAAACAAGUCAGUAUGUUUUCUUGGUUUAUUUUCUCUGGGAUAUGAAAAAAGAUAUUCCUCAAAACAGACUUCUUUAACAACAUCUCAAACUUUAUCUGUAAAAUAAUUUGCCAAGGUGAAGUCAGCUUUAGCAGCAAUACUAGACAGUUUGUGCUUUUGGCAAUUCAUGAUUGUGUGAUUGGUAAAGCUUUCUAUAUUUUAGAAUGUACUUUUAUACAGGGGAAAAUACAUUUCUGUGUAAAGUGAAAGUUUCAUGAUUUUUUUUCUCUCUCUUCUAUUUUUCUAAUAGAUUAACAAUGUACUUUUAUAAAGAGAAAUACAUUUCUGUCAAGUGAAAUACAUGUUUUUUUCUCUCCUGAUUUUCUAAUAGAUUAAACAAUGUACUUGCACACUUUUGAUAGGUGUGGGAUUUGAUAAACAACUGAUGAUGUUUUGUAAAAAUAAAGUUUAACUAAACUUCAAACAAGCGUGCUUUCUCUUAACGAGUGAACCAAAAAACUUCAAUUUUAAAAUCUUGGACCUCCUAAUGCUACUCCAGGAUUACUGCUAAUCAGGGUCUGUGAGAGCAGAGGCAUGUUGGGUUAGGGUUCAAUGUCAUGGUCACCAACACAUUAAUAAAACACUGCAAAUAAUAAUUUGAGUGCUUUAAAUGGUCUCUGAGAUACAAGAUCUUAAUAUGUUUUAAUUGGACAAUACCCUUAUCCUAAUUAUCUUAAGAAUCACUGAAUACACUUGGGUAGUUGUGAAGCUAACAUCUCAAUAGGUUUAUAGCAGGGCUUUUCAAACUGGGUCCUGGGGACCCCUUGGGUCUGCUGGUUUUCAUUCCAACCCAGCUCCCAAUCACUUAACUAGACCCUUAAUUGAACUGAUCAUUUGCUUAAGUAGACCUUUUUUACUUGUUUUCAGUUCUUUAACAGUUGCAGUUCAAGUUAUUUAUUAUUAUUUAUUUAGCAGACGCCUUUAUCCAAGGCGACUUACAGAGGCUAGGGUGUGUGAACUAUGCAUCAGCUGCAGAGUCACUUACAAUUACGUCUCACCUGAAAGACGGAGCACAAGUGAACAGGGAACUUGGAGUUAGUUACAGCUUGUUCAGAGUUGUAAAGUACAAGUUCAACCAACUGUGGCUAAAAGAUUUCCCCUGGCUUAAGUUUGACAAUGUUAAAAAAAAAAUCCAUGUUUUGCACGUUUUAUCAGGAUGCAAGGGAACUGAUGGCAGGCAAGGCUGCAUUUUUAACAGGGAGCCAGAAGUUCAAACAUGAAAAUAUAUUAAACACAGUGCUUCAAAAUGGCAUGCAAUGGUGCGUAGAGGCAGACCAGCCCGCUGCCAUAAACAGCCAAGCAGCGCCUUCUGA